AUGCCCCUUCUGGCCAAGUCAACAGGUGUUCCAACCAAGGUGGACAAGUCAGCGGAACGGCCAGGUGUGAGUAAACGACAGGUGAAGUCCAGCCCCAUUGAGACCAUUGUGGACACCCCGCAGCAAAUUACAGAUCAGGUAUUUAAGCCCCCAAGUCGCAAUGUUCAUCCACGUCUACAGACGCUGAUUGAGCGCUACAAGGAUGGCACUGAGGGAGAGGAGAAUCAAAAAGAGGGUGAAGGUUCAAAGGUCACACCACGGGUCACAGGUGAGGGGUCAAAAGUCACAACUCCAGACAGGAGUGAGGGGUCAAGUGUCACAUCUUCAAGGGUCACAUCACAGAUCAAGACACGAGGCUGGCCAUACAAUAAACUACCAACACAACCUAAUGCCAGCAAAGGCAGUGUAGAGAAACCAUUACGGGAAACAGGAAGUGCCAAAAUAGGGAACACUGACAUAGGGUGCAGUGCUAAGCAUGCUGGAGACUCAGGAUCUAGUAAUGGGAAUGGGGUCAAAGAAGGUGAACAGAAAGCCACAUCGUUGAUGGAUUCCCAGGAACAGAGAGACAUCAGUGCCUUGAUACAGAAGCAUGUUUCCGUCCCUAAGACACUACUGCAGGUCAAACCCCCAAAACUAACCAGUCAAGUGGUGGCUAGUCUUUUGUCCCUCGGCUCCCCCACAUCUCCCACCCCUACCCUCACACCUCCCCUCAGCGCAACCCUGUGA